AUGAAUCGAUCACCUAACCGAGUGUCGAAACCUUCCACAAAUGUCGGUGGAAAGAGAAAGAAUCAUCCAUUUAUUAUUGCUUCUUUGUUUGACGUGUUUGAAAACGUUGGGCCUGAAGUCAGCGGGAUGUAUGGUCUUUGCCAUUCUCACACUACCGUAGUAACUAGAAAUGAAUCUGGUGAAUCAGUUGAAUGGGUAAUCAAGUGUGUUGUGUAUGGAGGUACCGAUAUUAUUCUUGACAUCGACGGAGUCUAUUUCCUCAAAGGCCGAUUGUUAGCUUUGAACGAGAAAGACACUCAAAAGUUUUAUUAUGAACCCGAUUAUCAACUUUUAGCUAAUACCUCCGAGAACCUUCCAUGCAAUUUGGCUAAUGGGGUUAGCGUUACUGGUCUGGGUGUUAUCUUUUCGCGUACUGUUGAUUCCAUUGAACCCGGCAAAGAAAACAUCUUUCUGGUUGUCAGACAUUCUGACUACAACCCUGAAAUUCACGCCCAAUCUGAGUUCAAGGUUGAAUAUCGGGCGAUGUGGUCGAAAUUGAUGGAGAAACUUCAACCUUUACUCACUGAAGGUCGUGAGGUAAUGCUUACUGGUCAUAUUGUAGGCCGAAAUGAAGAAACCCACAUGUGGAUAGUCCAAUUAACGGGUGUGAGUGUGACAAGCGGAUCAGAGAACAUUUCUCCACCCGUUAUUACGGAAGGUGCCUCUUCUUGUAACACUCCGCGUGGCCGAAAGAGAGCUAAGAUGGUCUUCACGGAUGCCGAUGCAGCAGCUCCAACUGCCUCAACUUCCUCAAUCGGUCCACUCUCCUCUCUUGAAGAUGAUGUUUCAUCCAAGGCCAAAGGAAAAUCUCCUUGGAAACCAGUUUCCGCCCGGGGUGUAACUAAACGUACCAAAGGAGCUACAUCUGAUGUGGAACCAUGA